AUGACGCUCUUACCGUCGAUUAUGAGCACAUCGCAUUUGGCACAAGGCCAUGUCUACCGUACCACGUCCAUGCCGCCUCGAAGCCGGACAUCAUCCCCGAAGGAGCUUCCUAGGCAUCCUUCAUUGGAGCUCUCGACACGCUCGCGAACAAGGACCGAGUGGCUGCAGGUGAACCACGCCAAGACUUCAGGCGAGAUCCGGAACAUUCAGGUGCUGGGAAUCAUCCACGGCAACCUGGUGGUCAGCUUCCAGGGCUCUGGCCGUGUUCGCGUCUUCGUCAACAACGAGCACAGCCUGGAGCUGCCGGAGACCAACAGACUUGGUUCGACCUCGCCUUUCGGCAUUGACUGGACCAAGAAGUACAGCAAGUACAUCAUCAACAGCCAUGGCCUGCGUUUCGCGGAGUUUUCAUUGAAGGCAUUGCCGGCCCAGAUCCUGGUGGUUGGGGAGACCGCCCCUUCCGACGAGAAGCUCAUUCCUGCAGCCAAGCCCAUCAUAGAGGCAGAAGCGACACGAUGUCCGCAGAAUUACUUUGAGAGAGCAUGGACAGAGCCCAAAUGCCUUUCCAGUGUCUGGAAUGCUUUCGACUUGUUUGGUCCUGCUGUGGCCUACUCGUACCUUUUCUGCAGCUGCUACUGCUGCAGCCGAAAGAGCAGGAUGAACAAACUUGGCGGCAAAUGCGCCAUCACCAGGUAG